GUGACCUCAUCAUCAUGCGACCAGUCACAGUAUUGGCUGUUCAACAGUUGGAAGCCUAUUUUUCUAUCCUACAAAAAACGCUUAAAAUUAAUCCUCAUGGCAACAGAGGGUGUGGAAACGACGAGUGAAGAUGCUCCAGUGCCCGGGAAGGUCAGCAACAGGUUUGACCUGGAGAAGGAGACUGAACUUAGGUUUGAGGUGGAGGCAGGGGACGCAGCAGAGCAAGUUGAGCUGGAGCUCCUCACAGGAAUGGCCGAGGUGUUUGGCUCAGAGUUGAACCGCAACAAGAAGUACACAUUCGGACCAGGCUCCAAGAUUGCAGUUUUCACCUGGCAAGGCUGCAGUGUGAAUCUUUAUGGGAAGCCAGAGGUGGCUUAUGUGUCCAAGGAUACUCCCAUGCUGCUCUACCUGAACACACAUGCAGCCCUGGAACAGAUGAGAAAACAAGCAGAGCGGGACAAUGAGAGGGGGCCAAGGGUGAUGGUGGUGGGUCCUACAGACGUGGGGAAGUCAACAGUGUGCCGCCUGCUAUUAAGCUAUGCUGUAAGGGUGGGCCGCAGGCCAACACUGGUGGAACUGGAUGUUGGACAGAGUGGGGUGUCUGUGCCUGGGACGGUGUCAGCAUUGUGCAUUGAGCGUCCGGCAGACGUGGAGGAGGGUUUCUCAGUCCAGGCUCCUUUGGUGUACCACUUUGGCUCUACUACCCCAGGGACCAACAUCAAACUUUACAAUAAGCUGACGUCAUGUCUGGCAGAGGUGUUUUCUCAGCGCUGUGAGGUGAACAGGAAGGCGAGCGUGGGAGGGUGCAUCAUCAACACCUGCGGCUGGGUGAAGGGCUCCGGAUACCAGGCUCUGGUCCACUGUGCCUCUGCCUUCGAGGUGGAUGUGGUGCUGGUGCUGGACCACGAGAGGCUCUACAAUGAACUCAAACGAGACCUCCCUCAUUUUGUACGAGUUGUGCUCCUACCCAAAUCUGGAGGGGUGGCGGAGCGAUCCAAGGAGUGCAGACGGGACGCUCGGGAUGAGAAGAUCCGCGAGUAUUUCUAUGGCUUCCGCGGAGUGACCUUCUACCCCUUUUCAUAUGAAGUGCGUUUCUCAGACGUCCGCAUCUACAAGAUCGGAGCACCAUCCAUCCCGGACUCGUGCUUGCCUCUGGGAAUGUCUCAGGAUGACACACAGCUGAAACUGGUGCCUGUAACCCCAGGGAGAGACCUCACGUAUCAUGUGCUGAGCGUGAGCAGUGCCGAGGACGGAGAGGAAGGUGCUAGAAAGGGGAUAGUGGAGAGCCCUGUGUGUGGCUUUAUUGUGGUGACUAAUGUGGACACACAAGCGCAGGUGAUGAAAGUGUUGUCCCCAGCGCCCAGACCACUGCCCAGACACACUCUACUCAUCAUGGACAUCCGUUUUAUGGACAUGAAAUAAAGUAACACUUCAGGGAAGAGGACUCUGUUGCAAAAGAAGUGGGGCUCAAAUGGGGGAGAAUACUUUUUGUUUCCUAACUGUCUCUUUGUGCUAUGUAGGGUAUACAGGGGGCAAAAGAGACAAUGAUUUAAGAACGGUAAUUUGUAUCUGCUGUAAAUAAUAAUUCAGUUUAUAAACCACACUGUUGAAAUGUUUGGGCAUUUUUUUUGUCCAGGGAUGGGUUUUUUUUAUCAGUGCAGAGAAUAUUUUCCUGAUAAUCUGUUUUAUGAGCAGUUUUUUUCUCUUUCGUAAUAAAUGUUUUUAAUGCAAAA